UACCGAUUACCGCGAAAAUCAAUAAUGCUUGUAAACAAGCAUCGCGCUACACCGUACCCAAGAAAAUUACGCGUAAAUUCGCGUAUGUUUUGCUUUUUAGUCACUUUAUAGUUACAUUUAAUUGUUUUUGUUGUAUUUAUUAGUAUAAUUAAUAAUGGAUACGGCCAAUGUAGGAUAUUCCUACCAUUUACCAAAUGGUGGAUGGAAUUAUAAAAUUCGCAAUACGUUGUCACAAUUUAGUGACUUGUUUAGCGAAUUUAAUAAAUAUAUCGCCCCCGCUUAUCAUCACGAUCGGUGUGAGAGGUCCGUUCAAAUGAGGGUUUAUUCGAUGCACAAAGGAGAAUUUGUAAUGGUUUUUAUAGCAUUUUUUGCUUGUUUCGGUCUUGGAGUAUUCAUAGGAUUAGCAGGCCCUUCCCCCACUAUAACCACGUCAAUAUCAGGGGCAAGUGUCCUCAGGAAUGCCUCCUCGAUAUUUAGUGGUCCCUUUCACCUGCACAGUCCAGCUUUGGGCACGCGUGUCCAACAAUUGUGGCUAUUGGCUGAGAUCGUAACUGAUAAUAAUGACGAAGAGAUAUUUGACAAAAGCUUCCAAGUGAGUAUAUCGAUAGAUGGCGUUCUCAGCGAUCACACUACUACAAACCUUGUACCGGAAACGGAAGCUACAAAUCGAACACAACAUUUAAAGUGCAAGAAGCAAAUAUGCGAGGAAGUUAUGGUGCUUCAUCUGGGUUCGCUCGAGUACACCCAUUAUAUGCUUAACGUUCGAUUUUACGGUCUCCACGAGUUCCACAAACGCUACAACAUACGGGAAGUCAUGUUCUAUUUCAAAACUUAUAAUCCAGGCUUCACUCAAAUGGAAACUUGGUUCAGGUUCAUCUUUCUUCUAACCACAUUUACAGUUGCCUGUUGGUUUGCCCAUACAUUGCGUAAAUACUCGACUCAGGACUGGGCGAUAGAACAGAAAUGGCUGUCCAUUUUACUACCAAUGUUAUUAUUAUAUAAUGACCCGAUUUACCCUCUUCGCCUGGUCUCGGGUGGGUGUUUCGCUCCGCUGAUAGACUCAGUAUUCCAGACGACGUUCCUCGCGUGUGUGAUGCUCUCUUGGCUUGCUCUAUACCAUGGACUUCGACAGAACGAGCGAAGUUUCGUAUCUUUCUACUUAUUGAAGGUGGUCUUGGUGGGAUUCGUUUGGACUCCCGCGAUGGUCAUCGCCGUUUGGCAGAAAUACUACGGCUACUACGACCCUACCUUCAAUUACUACACGGACCCCAACUUUCGGGUGGUGAAAAUAUUAUUCUUCAGUGCUGUCGCGCUUUACUUUAUGUACCUGCUUAUACUUGUUGUUAAGGCUUAUAGCGAUUUAAGGAAUAUGCCCUUUUUUGAUAUAAGAUUGCGUUGUCUAUCCAUAAUCGUUGUGUCGGUUUUAUCAAUAACAACUAUUUUGGCUUUACAUUCGUGGGGUCCGGCCGCACUACAAGACUACUGGGCCUCACAGCCAAAGGUCCAUUUUGACACUUCGGCGCCUUUUAUGGCUAUGUAUGGCCUAUUUAAUUUUAAAUUGUAUACUUUGGCCUAUUUAUUCUCGCCUGGCAGUGGAUCUUUACAUGAAACAGCGAUAACCAAAGACAAUCCAGCUUUUUCUAUGAUCAAUGACUCGGAUGAAGACGUCAUCUAUGGCUCAGACGAGGAAAGCCGCCGACCUCUCAACUCACAUUCCAGAGCAAACACAGAUAACAUAAUAUGAUGCGAUAUAUUUUGAUCCUCAACUGUUUUAUUCUUCCUCUUGUUAUAUUAUAGACCAUUUAGAA